UGGCCUGGGUGGAUUUGAAUGGGAGACCAAGUCGUUUUUUACGACGGAAGUACGUAAAAAGGGAUUGCGGCAACGCGCAUUGUUAGUAGUUUGGUGUCGCUACGGCAACAUCGUAGCGCGCUCUGGGCUGUCAUGGAGUUGAAAAGUUGAUUUUAGAUGGAAUAUAGACCAAUGGAAUAAAUAUGAAAAGUCAGUAUAGAAGAAAGAUGCUCUUCAUGAACAUGAGACUCUCACUUAGGACCAACAUGAACGGGAAAAGUCUUACAUAAGCAGUGUGCCCUCUCACUUUCUGGAAAUGCUGUCCUUGUUUGGUCCAGAGAAGGAUAAGCAGAGGCUGUGCAAUGCUAGCCGUGCUCUGUACGACUGUGUCUACCUCUUUGUCUCUUCCAGCAACACUAUGUUCCGAAUGCUCAACCAGUACCUCGGAACUGAAUUUCCCAAUGUUGUUGUGAGGGAAAGCCUCAGCAUCAAGGAGAACCUCCAGCUUCUCAUGAGUGCUCUGAAAGAUAUGCAAGAGACAGUGGAGUUGAAGGAUAGGGAUGUCCAGCAGCGUGUCAGUGGCCCAUUGUAUGCUAAGAUAGUUCAACCCAUUUCCCCCAUGAAUGAAAGAGUUCAGCUUGUGAAGGAGAUGCAUAACCUUUAUGGGGGAUCUUUUGCAACGAUCUGUGGUCCCAUCGCUGCAGUCUUAUUGAAAAAUGGUGAUCUUCCUGAAAAACUACAGUCUGCCUUGCGGGUGCUAGGGAACUCUCAUGUGAUGUCUCUUCGAGUUGGUGAUCUUCUCAUGACCCAUGAUGAAAUUGCUAAAGCCCUUCCAGAACCCAGCACUACUUCAGCCUCUCCAGCUGCUGUACCUGAAGUGAAGAAUCGCAGUCAGUCUCUAUCUUCCAUGAAUUACUCACUUAACAACUUCUUACGGGUAGUUCUUCGGGGACGGACUCCCAAGAACAGCUUUGAAAUGGCUGCAGGUUGCCUGGAAGAUGUGGUUAAAGUGUUGAAGCCAGCUUGUGAAAAUUUCAAAAGUAUUGUUAAGAGGGCCGAAGAGUACGUCACACUCAUCAUCGAUAAGUUGCAGUGAUCUAGAAGAUGUUUGCUGAGUUGUUAGAAAUCUGUUUACACAACAGGGGAAGUUGUGCAAAUAAAAGAGAAAACUUCUA